GACACCCAUGGCGCCUCUCCAUUAUCCUGUUUUGUCGCCGCCGGGCGUCGAAGUGCCAGCUGAGAGUGCCUCUAGUGCAGACACGAAGAUGUGUGCGGCGGCGGCGGAGAGGCAGGGAGUGCAGAUAAGGCGCAGGUAUCUGAACACUCCAUAGAGCACAUUGAUCCAAAGAUUCCUGGCUGGACACGAAGGUAUUCAGUUUAGUCCCCCCCCCCACACACACACACACACUUUGGUAGACAUGAAAAUCGGUUGCCUGUGUGACUAGAUGGGGCUACAGAUUCAGUCUACGAUAAUUGUUGUAAAGAUAGCUUAGAUUCUCAUGCUUGGAAUGUGUCCGUUUCAAGAAAAGAAAUGAAUUGCAGAAGUGAAUACCAUAUAGCCAGGAUGGUACUGCAUUUGAGCUUUUAACUGUCCAUGAUAGUAAAUAUGCGGUACCUCUUAAUGCUUAAGUGUGGCAUAUGUUUCUGCGACACUUCUUGAUGAUGCAUGAAAAAAGGAAGAGGCAUUCUGUAAUUUUUAUUUGGUGAAUUUUUUUAUUUGUAUUACUGAAUUUAUUGUGUGGUGACUGGUGAAUAAUUGUGCACAAACACUUUUGGAAACAAAUGCAGGGUCAGGAUUGGUGCUGCUACCAGACAAGGCCGGAAGGUUACAUGGAUCAGCGCAUCUGGAUGUGGCACCCUUUGAUGGCAGCAACCGCACAUUCGCUGUUCGCUCGUUCAACAGUUACCAAUGAAGAUGAUACACCGAAUGCAAAUGAAGGGGCCACGCCAAAUGGCUCGGAGAAUCAAGAAGCUGGACCCAACGGUAGUGCGCUGGGUACUACUGUUCAAGAUCACAGCCAAGUUGCCGGCAGGGAUGUGAUAGAGUUAGAGGGUACAGAGCCAAAUGCUGACGCGCUAACUGUCGUCACAGUAGAUGCCAAUCAAGUAGUUCAACCCAAUGGGAGUGCGUUGGAUAAUAGCGGUCAAGAUGGCGUUCAAGUUAGCAGCACAGAUGUGAUAGUGUUAGAAGAUACCGAGCCAAAAUGCUGGCACACUGACUAUCAUUGAGAUAGAUGCGAAUCAACUUAUCAGCCAAGUUGGUUUACACAAUGCAGACAGGGAUCCAAGUGCUGGCACACUGACUUUUAGGAUGUAAAAUUGUCCUCUGAACCGAGCAAUGAGUGAACUGGAUACCUAUGUUGAAUAUGGUUAGCAUAGAAAUAUUCAUGAUGUACCAUCAUUUGCUAAAGAAAA